AUGAACUCCCUUACACUCGAGAUACCCCCCAUCCCUGUGCCUAUCUGGAGCGAUGGAACCACUCCCACGCCCAUAGGGGCGUUCGAGGACGAUCGCCAGGAGUUCGAACGAAACCGGUGGAAGUUCGAGAAAGAUCGCCAGGAGUUCGAACGACACCGGUGGGAGUCCGAGCGCGGCCAAUGGUCCAAUUCGCAGGGACCCAACCACGACAACAUGAAGCAGUCGACGAAGUGGGUCACCAGAGAUUUCGCGGUCUCGCAGGACACAGACUUUGAAAGUGAGCGCCAGGCGUUCGAGAGAGACAGAUGGGCAUUCGAGAGAGACAGAUGGGCGUUCGAGAGGGAUCGGUGGGCAUUCGAGCGAAAGAGGUGGGAACACGAGCGCGAGCAGUGGAAACGUGCGUCAUGA